UUUUUGGGGGUUUCUGUGAAUAAUUUUGGAUUGCGUAUGAAACGUUUCAUCCACAGAUUAUGAGACUAUCAGCUCUUUCUUCUCUAUCCUCAACAUGCUCCAGAAAUCUGUCACAUAAAUUUUAUGUCUCCUCUCACCAAUGGAUGACUUGUGGAUGCCUGUGACUUAUGCUUAGUUCUAUAUUUUCUAUAUCAAAUUGAUUCAGUGGUAGGCUGUCUUAUUGCAACGAUUUGGUAGGUAAUUGGCUGGAGUAGUGAAUCUCGGAUUAGUGUCGAUAGAGAAGGUCUUUGAAGAGCUCACAGGCAGCUAUAUAAUCCAGUAAGUGAUAAGGUCCUUUGAGCAUUGGCAUGGGUCUGCCACACACUGCUUCAAAUGAGCAAGCCCGUGAAGCUUUGUCUGCUCCAAGUUGCAGCCUUUCUCAAAGUCUGCCUGUAAAUGCCACUUCUUGUGAUUCAGAUGGUAUUAACAGAGGGGACGAAGGUAGUUUCCGCUUCUCUAUUGGAGAAUCUGAUAGGCAAACAGCAUUGGAAUCUUUGGAGUUUAGAGAUGACUUAUGGAGAUUCCAUGACACUCGGGCUGUUACCUCGUUAUCUGCUCACGAACCGCCUUAUGCAAUGGAUAAGGUAAAUUUGAGUCGAACUGAAGUUAGAAGGAUAGUUGGUUUCGAAUCAAAUGAAUCUAGCUCACCGAGUAAUGAAUAUACGAGUAUCACUGUUAAUCGCACUGGUGGAUCUAAUGAGGUAGAUAUUAUCGGUGGAUCGUUAGUCAGGAAACGGGUAAGCUCUCCUCUGAAUAAGCUUUUCCCUGAGAAAUUUAGAGGAGACUCGCUUGAUAUCAGCCAUAGCAACCAACAGUUGACUUCUGCUGGUAUUCCUAAUGGAUUUCACAUUCCUGUUGCACAAGAUCAUAAAAAGGCCAAUAUCUCUGGGAGAUUACGCCUCUUUACCACUUCUACCUGCUCUGAAUGGGGGAAUGACUCGUCACACACGGGUAAACUUUCAUCUACUGUUUUCACGGAUGGUCCAUUGCUUGACUCCAAUGAUCUGCAGCCCACAAAAGAUGUACAUUGCUUAUAUUUACCAGUACAUGAAACAUUUCAAGUACCUGCUAAGCCAUCACCAUGUCAUAGAAACAUAUCUGUCUCUCCGCCACUUUCUAUGUCACCUCUUGGGCCAAGAUUUUCCGAGAGAAUGAAAGCUCUUCAAGGGGGCCUAAAUGGGAAUAUCUUCGAAGAUGGUGUUUGUUUAAGGAAUACUGGUGAAGAAGCAGAACUCAGGACUGGUCAUAGAUGGUAUGAUGAUACUAAUGGUAUCCAGAGAUCCUUUUCAAUGGAUAGAGCUAUUGAAUCAGUUCCUACAUCUCCAUGUAAAAGAUUUAGUAGAAGCUUGAGUGGACGUCCCAUUCAAAGGUCAUUGGUUGGUUCGUUUGAAGAAUCCCUCUUUUCAGGAAGAUUAUCCUCUGGGCAAGCUAAUCAGAAGAUCGAUGGUUUUCUUGCCAUUCUAAGUAUAGCUGGUGGAAACAUCUCUCCAAAAUCACAGAAGCUUCCAUUCUCAGUAACAAGUGUUGGUGAUGAUUGCUUCUUACUAUAUUAUGCCUCCAUAGAUCUCUCUGGAGGAUCAUUGCCAAACAAAUUAUGGGGUCAGAAACUGAAAACCAACCAAAAGUCUGAUGCUCAGACCAUCAUUAAUAAACGUCUUCGGAUUCCUAUGAAGGGUCGGAUCCAACUGGUUCUGAGUAACCCUGAAAAGACACCUCUUCACACUUUCCUUUGUAACUAUGACUUAACUGAUAUGCCACAUGGUACAAAGACCUUCCUGCGCCAAAAGGUUACUCUGGCCUCCUCUGUUCCGACCAAAGCCAAAAAAUCUAUAGAUACAAUAGACCAAAAUCUUGCAAAUAAAGGUAGUGAAGGAUCUGAGUCAGUGGAUGAAUUGCAUUCGCCGAAUGAGUGUAGGAACAAGAAUUGUCGUGAGACGUACAGAGAAACAGGACAACGAUGUUCAAAGUCUGGAGUCUUACGAUACGCACUUCAUCUUAAAUUUAUUUGCCCUUUACGCAAGAAAGCCUCAAAAUUAGGUCAGAAGAAAAGCUUGGAUGCAGCAGAUGAUGGAGAGAGGAGAUUCUAUUUAUAUAAUGACUUGAGAGUUGUGUUUCCUCAACGCCACACAGAUUCUGAUGAAGGAAAGUUGAAUGUGGAGUAUCAUUACCCAGAAAAUCCAAGAUACUUCGACGUGUAACCAAUGGAGGAAUCUCUGCUUCCAAAAUCGUUUUUCUGUUUUAGUUAUUGUUAGAAGAAAGUAAAAGAAUGUUUUGUAC